UUUGAAGUAAUAUCCAAUUAAAUAAAUGUUUAAAAGACAUUAAGCUAAUUUUCCCUCGAUCCAAAACAUGGAACGCACCGUUUUUGGCCAUUCUUUGUUGUACCCUGUAAACUGUAAUGGCUAAAUGCCUAGGCGCUGUAGUCUAAGCCGAUUCUGUGGUUCGUCACCUCCAUUGAAGAUCGGUCGAGUUGAGUCCGUGGAGGAUGGAUCUUAAUUUCAUUCCAUUUUCGAACGAAGCAUUAACUGAAAUCUGAGUCAAAAAAAGCAAGAGAGAAUACUAUGCGGUAAUGGAAAUAACCAGUAGGAAGUCCCUAAAACGAUUGGAUCAAAACCAUAUUCCAAAUGAAUGGCAAGAAUUUCCAUACGAGACCUAUUCCGCUUCAGGAACUCCAGACCCUUUAUUCAUUCAUAUCCAUUAUCUUCUUCUGUAUCCCCAGAAGUUUCCGUUGAUGCCGCAAAAUCAUCUCAGCGCCGCAAUUGUUUUGCUCUUCUCGACGCCUCUCGGAGCGUGAUCCAGGUAUCCAAAAUUCAUGCUAAUUUGAUUACUUUAGGUCGUUUUGACUCCUUUUGGGCCAGGAAGAUUCUCAAGCUAUACUGGGAUUUUGGCCAUCUUGAUUAUACUAUAUUGAUUUUCAAGUUCAUAGAUUUUCCGGGAACUUUUUGUAUUAACACAGUUUUAAAGGCUUAUUCUUUGGGUUUGAGUCCCAGCCAAGCUUUAAUUUUCUAUUUUGAAUGGUUGGGGGAAGGGUUCUGUCCCAAUGGCCAUACUUUUGUACCGCUUAUUGGGUCUUGUGCGAAGAUGGGUUGUAUUGAAACUGGGGGGAAGUGCCAUGGGCAAGUGGUUAAGAAUGGCGUUGAUACUGUACUGCAAGUUAGAAACUCUUUGAUUCACAUGUAUGGUUGCUGUGAGAGAGUGGAACUUGCAUAUAAGGUGUUUGAUGAAAUGACCACGAGAGAUUUGGUGUCUUGGAAUUCUCUUGUUGAUGGGUAUGCGAGACAUGGUUAUAUGGAUGUUGCUCAUAAAUUAUUUGAUGCUAUGCCAGAGAGAAAUGUGGCAUCUUGGAAUGUGAUUACUAGUGGGUAUUUGAAGAGUGGUAUUCCUGGUUGUGUGUUGAAGCUAUAUAGACAACUGGUUAAAACUGGAAUGAGAGGUAACAAUACUACCAUGGUGAAUGUGCUUACUGCUUGUGGUCGAUCAGCUAGACUGAAAGAAGGAAGAUCUGUUCAUGGAUUUCUAAUCAGGACUGCCUUUUUAAAAUCAAGCAUAUUCAUCGAUACAGCCUUAAUUGAUAUGUAUAGUAAAUGUCAGAGAGUGAAAGUAGCUAGUAGAGUGUUUGACAGCAUGCCAGAAAAGAAUUUGGUUUGCUGGAAUGCAAUGAUCUUGGGGCACUGCAUACAGGGAAAUCCUGAAGAUGGUAUUAAGCUUUUCCAUAGAAUGGUGGGCAAAGGAAGAUUACAAGAUCGAGAAGGCAACUGUAUUAAGAGUGAAAGGAUUGCCAAAGGUCGAGGAAAUAUACUACCUGAUGCAGUUACUUUUAUUGGUGUUCUUUGUGCCUGUGCUCGUGCUAGACUUUUAGAAGAAGGGAGAGGUUACUUUGAAGAAAUGACUAACUUUUUUAGGAUAAAGCCCAAUUUUGCUCAUUAUUGGUGUUUGGCUAAUAUUUUUGUAGGUGUUGGCCUUGUUAAGCCAGCAGAGGAGAUAAUUAGGAACAUUCCGCAUGAUAUUGUGGACGAGUCACAGGAUUCAUUGAUUUGGGCCAAUUUGCUCAGUUCAUGUCGAUUCGAAGGAGAUUUUUGGUUUGGGGAACAAAUUGCGAAAUCUGGUAUUGACAGGGAACCUCAUAAUCUUUCAUACUAUAGAUUGCUGCUGAAUGUAUAUGCCACAGCCGGUAGAUGGGAAGAAGUUGCCCGAGUAAAGGAAAUGGUAAAGGAAAAAAUAGUGGGUAGCAUGCCAGGGUGCAAUCUUAUAGACUUGAAAGAUAUAGUUCACAAUCCAAGAGGAGAGGAACUAAGGCCUUUGAAUACAAGAAGAGAGCAGCCAUUUAGUUAGAUGAUACUGGUUUUACUUUUAUGCAAAUUGGCAUCCACACUAAAUAUUGGAGCUUCUUGGUGAACAGGGCUGCCAUUGAUAGUUCACCCUAAGCUUCCAGAGAAGGCACAUGUUAUGAUGACAAUGACGAAUAAUGAUAAAAGUGAAGGGAGACUGACUCUGUAAGUGAGUUUGAUGAAAGUCAAGUUACACUGCUGUGCACUGUGUAUUCCAAAUUUUGGAAUAAAGCAUUUUCUUGGUGAAAGGUUUAUGUUAUUUAUUCAAUCGUGUAAACAUCUCAUAGUCAUUUUGCCUUUCUUCAAAAAUAUUUAAUAAAACGUUGCUUCUCUUUUUCUUCUUUA